UAUGACAUGACGUUGUGCUUUUUUUCAGGAGUAUACUUAACAUUUGAACCAUUGUGUGCAGGGCAUCGUGUCAGGGAUGAACCACAACACUUCACAAGUGGAGGAAUUCAUCAUCGUUGGCUUUCCUGGACUCCAGGAUCAGGAGAGCAGGGCAGUAUUUUCUGGCAUCUUCCUGGUGGCCUAUUUGCUAAUACUGCUAGGAAACCUAUUAAUCAUUUUAAUAUUUGCAAUGGAUGAAAGUCUCCACACUCCAAUGUACAUGCUGAUCUGCAGUCUGGCCUUUUUGGAUGUUAUACUCUCAUCUGUCGUCAUUCCUAAAAUGUUAGUAGUCUUCAUGUUCGACUCGAAGGCCAUCACUUUUGUGGCCUGCUUCAUUCAGCUUCUAUUUUACCACGGCAUGAUUACAGCCGAGUCUUUUCUUCUUGGUCUCAUGGCCUAUGAUCGAUACAUGGCCAUUUUAAUCCCCAUUGUUCUUGCUCUCAGGUUGCCAUUCUGUGGACCUAAUAAAGUGCUUCACUGUUUCUGCGAUCACGUGUCUGUUGUGAGACUAACCUGUGCCGACAUCACUAUCAACAGCUAUGUGGCGUUAACCAUCUCUCUGUCCACCCUCUUCAUCCCACUGACAUACAUUCUCUUCUCAUACAUCAGAAUCAUCCGUUCAGUGUUCAAGAUUGCCAGCUCAGAGGGGCGACUCAAAGCUUUCUCCACCUGCGGAACUCACCUUCUGGUCAUUUCAGUCUUUUUUCUGAUCGCUGCUGGAGUCUACAUCUCUUACCGCGUGCCUGGUACGUCAGCAGAUAUGCGAAUCAUGGCGGCCGUACUUCAGAAUGUGAUUCCUCCUCUGAUGAACCCCAUUAUUUAUUGCCUGCGGACUAAAGAGAUCAGAGACAGCUUUGUAAAAAGAAUUCAAAGGACUCAAAUUUUGCCAAAAUGAUAACCUCCACCAUAUGCGCCACAAAAUGCAUCUCUUGGAAGAGUACUUACCACAAGGUGGCGUUGCC